CGUGACGUGUACAGGUAAAUGUUUGGAUGGGUUUACCUGUCACGGUGACGCACAAAAGAAGAUGUUCAGCGGCUAAUCAUCUGCUACUGAUGGACCGUUGCCAAAUUUGGUGUGACCUUUAACAAUUAUUCGUUUUAUGCUAAUCAGCUAUGUGACUUUGCUAAUCGACAACUUUCUGUCCCAGACAACUUUUGGCAUUUGGAAUUAUAUCUUUGAAGUCUUCCCGUCGCUGUGCCCCCCUCCCCACGGAUAUCGUGCUCGCAAUAGUAACGAUCGUGGUGACAUCUGUUUAUUUGUUGACGGACAAAAAAUCGUUGUUGCGGAGAGGCUGAGCUGACACGUAGAACAGGCGACCCGGUGACAACAUGGCAACUUGCGAGCUGCUCAGUUCUAGCUCGUCUCAGUACAGUACCAUGGGCAAAUUCAGUAUCCAGGGAUCCCCUGUCAUUGAUCAGUUGCCGGAGAUGGUGUCAUCUCCCUCAAACGUCAACAACAACGUAGACGACACGACUGUUACCAAACAGCAAUCGGAGAGGGUACAGGUUACCGACGAACAGAGGCGGGUAUGGCUCGGGGCCGCUAAGGAGGCAGCCCGCAUGGCCGGGAAAGAGGUGCGGUCCGCCUUCUACAGGGAGAAGACGGUCACGAUGAAGUCUUCCCCCGCAGACCUGGUGACAGAGACGGACCAAAACGUCGAGAAGGUGGUGUUCUCUUUCUUCAGAAGAAAGUUCCCUACACACAGGUUCAUCGGCGAGGAGACGACAGCGGCGGGCGUCCCGGUCGAGCUGACCGACGACCCCACGUGGAUCAUCGACCCCAUCGACGGCACCAACAACUUCGUGCACAGCUUCCCGUUCGUGGCCGUGGCCAUCGCCCUCUCCGUGAACAGGGAGAUAGAGGUUGCGGUGACGUACAACGCCAUUCUGGACGUCAUGUACUCAGCUGCGCGAGGCACGGGGGCGUUUCGGGACGGAAAACGCAUCUCCGUCAGCGGGGCGACGGAUAUAAAAGAAUCCCUCAUCGUCACGACUGCCAAGAGUUUGCUGACGCCACAAAAGAUGGAAAACACGUUCCACAACCUGAGGUCCCUGCUGGAGCAGGGCCGAGGGAUCAGGAACCUCGGGACGGCAGCGCUGAACAUGUGCCAGAUCGCCGAGGGCGCGGCCGAGGUCUACUUCGAGUUCGGCAUCCACUGUUGGGACAUGGCGUCCGGGGCGCUCAUCAUCAGGGAGGCCGGGGGAGUGGUCUUAGAUACGGCAGGCGGACCGUUCAACCUGAUGGGACGGUGCAUGCUGGCGGCCUCCAGUAUGGAGCUUGCGCAGACGGUCGCCUCCGGGCUGAGGCAUGACCACAAGAAGCCAGACACCGAGGAACCUGUUUACCUUCGAUCUGCCAAAGACUGAGGACACAACAGUGAACCGUUUUAGAAAUUUUGCAUGAGUGAAUAUGACACAACCACAUCAUCAUGGGCCGACGUACGAUUUUGAUAGCCUCCAAGCAGACGUGUUAGCUGGAUGGCAAAAGAUAAGAAUUCCGCCGACCGGUCAUUUCACUCCUAAGCCAAUCAACUCCUCGUUGGCUUUAUUCAUAAUUUGGCCAAAGUCCCCCUUUUCUAUUCGGUCAGGCGGGAGUCUGUUAGUGACUACGAGUAGGCUGUGGCAGAGCCAACCGCUUACUGAAGGAUCCUUUUCGUCACCAGAAAGAUGGAUUUUGUACGACACGAAGGACUGUCCUAAUAAGAAUUCUACUGAUUUAUGAUCAUCGCACAACGUCCGCUCGGUGAAUGCGAUCUGACAUGUAGAUAUAUAAACUGCACGUCUAUCUGAGAUAGACACUGUGUUACCGUCUGUGUACGUAGAAAUUGUGAACGUACAAAUGUCUAAACUCUCAUGUAUUUAUUCACGAGCUGAUAUACUACAGUCAGCCAAGGUAUAAAGAGCCAUGGCUAACAGGGUUGGCCUUGGAUAAGAAAUACAUACACAUUAGAUGACAAGUCAGGUACAAUGAUACAUACAUGUAUACAAUUACACAAAGGAUGAUACAAGGUAUUUUCAUAAUGCUACCUGUUGAGCUAUAAAUUUCGUCUUAAGUACCACCUCUUUUAGUACUACCGGUUUAGCUCUACACAGAUAAUAGGUCCACGUGUAUUGGGUGGAAGUGCGUUCCACAGUUGUAUAACUCAUAAAAUAAAGUAAAUAUAGCAUUAAAUAUAAUAUAUCAAAGAGAGCUGACACGAGUAAAAAUUUCUGUGAAAUUCUUUCUUUAGGAAAUUCAAUCUCCUUGAAAAUACAAUUUAUUCAUGUAUAUUUUGAAGCUAAGUCUGUAGUUUGACUGUCUAAAGCCAGUAAGUUGAUCGUAUCGGCCAGCAUGUGCAUGAGGACAUGAAUCGUUUUCGAACGAUUUCAUUCUACAUAUUUAACAGGGUCUACUAUUAUAUCAUAAACUAUAUAUCUAUUCAAUAUCAUGUUUCUCUUGUUUCACGAAAACAAUAAAAGAUGACAUAGAAAUGA